AUGGCCCAGAAAGAAGAGGCCGCUGCGGCCGCAGCGGCCGCAGCGCCUGCUUCCCAGAAUGGUGAGGAUCUGGAAGAUCUGGAGGACCCUGAGAAGCUGAAGGAGCUGAUUGAACUGCCCCCCUUUGAGAUCGUCACAGGGGAGCGGCUGCCUGUCAACUUCUUCAAGUUUCAGUUCCGGAACGUGGAGUACAGCUCCGGGCGGAACAAGACCUUCCUGUGCUACGUGGUGGAGGCGCAGAGCAAGGGAGGCCAGGUGCAGGCCACCCGCGGGUACCUGGAGGACGAGCACGCCGCCGCCCACGCCGAGGAGGCCUUCUUCAACACCAUCCUGCCGGCCUGCGACCCGGCCCUGCGCUACAACGUCACCUGGUACGUGUCGUCCAGCCCCUGCGCCUCCUGCGCCGACCGCAUCGUGCGGACCCUCGGCAAGAGCAAGAACCUGCGCCUGCUCAUCCUGGUGGGCCGCCUCUUCAUGUGGGAGGAGCCCGACGUGCGCGCCGCGCUGCGCAAGCUCAAGGAGGCCGGCUGCAGGCUGCGGAUCAUGAAGCCCCAGGACUUCGAGUACGUCUGGCAGAAUUUUGUGGAGCAGGAGGGCGAGGCCAAGGCCUUUGAGCCCUGGGAGGACAUUCAGGAGAACUUCCUGUACUACGAGGAGAAGCUGGCGGACAUCCUGAAGUAGGCCGCCCGGCCCGGCCUCACGUCUGCCUGCUGCCACCAGAAGACAGCAGUGACAUGUAUGGCCAUCUGGGACAUGUCUGACUUCCUGAUACCACUUGAGCUGGACAACACUGGACACCAACCAAUCCUACUGCACAGGCCCUCCAAGGACUCUAAGUAUACUGUUCAUGCUGUAAAUCAUUUAAGCCAUGGCUCUCUCUAAGGGUGCUCUUGGGAAAGAGGAAAAGUGAGUUGCAAGGAAAGAAAUGACAACCAUAUACGGGCACCAGGCAUCUGUCGGUCUGAAGGGCCUCAUUAUUCCCCACAUGGGCUGCUUAAGGUAAAGAGCCUCAGACCUAAUGUUUAAACCUAACGUCUGUGCAGAUCUUUGAAAUAUGUCUGGAUAUGCAUUUAAGA